CAACUCACAAUCGACACAAACACAGUGAACACAAACCUCCAACUGUCUGACAACAACAGGAAGGUGACACAUGUGGAGGAGGUUCAGUCAUAUCCUGAUCAUCCAGACAGAUUUGAUGUUCAUCCUCAGCUGCUGUGUAGAAAUGGUCUGACUGGUCGCUGUUACUGGGAGGUCGAGUGGAGAGGAUACGUUUACAUAUCAGUGAGUUACAGAAGAAUCAGAAGGAAAGGAGACAGUGCUGAAUGUGUGUUUGGAUGGAAUGAUCAGUCCUGGAGUCUGUACUGCACUGAUAAUGGCCCUCAUUCUGUCUGGCAGAAUAACAGAGAAACAUUCAUCUCCUCCUCCUCUGUCUCUAACAGAGCAGCAGUGUAUGUGGACUGUCCUGCUGGCACUCUGUCCUUCUACAGACUCUCCUCUGACACUCUGAUCCACCUCCACACAUUCAACACCACAUUUGCUGAAACUCUUUAUCCCGGAUUUUAUGUCUCUUCUGGUGCCUCAGUGUCCCUGUGUUGAGUUGAAUGUAAAGAGUGUCCUCCUGUUAGAGAAACACUCUGACUGUUGAACAGAUACUUCAGUCUGUACAUAUCUGUCUCUUUCACCCAGAAACAUGUUUUCAGAUUCAUGGAUUCAAUUUU